GUAGUUGGAUAAACUUUCGGGAGAAAGUGGCCAACCGUGCGACGGUACAAGAAACGGUAAUCCGGUGCCCAUUUUCCGAGAUUAUUUCGAGGACAAUUGAGCACGUUCGCUCCAGUGAAUCAGCCACGUCGUCUAGCAACCGCCUGGCAUUCAGCAGUUAAUCAUGGCAAGACCGGCCGUGGUGAUACGCUUCUUUGCUAUUCUGCAUCUGCUCAUCGAUAAGCUGCUGUAUGCCGUCAUGAAGUGGUACUGGGGACCGGCCAAGCAGCGGUGCCCUACGUUGCAGCGCAAAAAUCUCAUCGUCACCUACAGUGCGGUGGAGUUGGCUGAAAAGAUACGCAAGGGCCAGGUAACGUGCUACGAGGUGGUCAGUGCCUUCAUCGAUCGUCUGAACGAGGUAAACCCGCUGGUCAAUGCCGUGCUGGAUGGUCCGUUCCUCGAUGCGCUAGAUGAAGCGCGUCUUAUCGAUCAACGGUUGAAGCAGGGGUUGAUCGAUGCGGCGGAACUGAAGGCCAAACCCUUCCUCGGCGUACCAUUCACAACCAAGGACAGUACCGCGGUUAAGGAUCGACUGCAUACGCUGGGUAUAACGGCCCGGCGGACCGUUAGGGCAAACGCCGAUGCCGAGUGUGUGCGGUUGAUGAAGGAAGCGGGCGCGAUUAUCAUUGCGACAACGAGCAUACCGGAAAUCAAUCGAUGGCAAGAAACACGCAACAACAUCAUCGGACAGACCAAUAAUCCUUACGAUAAUCGACGCACAGUCGGAGGUUCGAGUGGCGGUGAAGGAGCGCUGCUGGCUGCCUCUGCAACUCCUGUGGGAUUAGGAACCGACAUUGGAGGAUCGAUUCGCAUGCCGGCAUUCUACUGUGGUGUGUACGGACACAAACCGACCACGGGCAUUGUCAACACCCGCGGUUGCUCGCUGCGUACGGGCCGCGAACCUUCGACGAUGGUCGUUGCCGGUCCGAUGACACGCUACGCCACCGAUCUGCUACCCAUCAUGAAGGUGCUGGUUGGUCCGGAGAAGGUGAUGGCACUGAAGUUGGAUGAACCGACCGAUAUUCGGAAGUUAAGGUAUUUCUUCAUCACCGAAUCGGGAGACAUCAAAUGUUCUGCGGUGCAGGCGUCGCUACAGAACGCGAUGAAGCGCGUGGUGGAUCACUUUUCCACUAACGUCGUACCGAGCACUGGCGUUCAGCAAGUAACGCUCACGGGAACCGAUCGUACGACCAACAUGUGGCGCUACUGGAUGACCCAGGAACCGGCCAACUUUGCCACACUGCUCGGUAAUGGGAAACCCAUUAGUCCGCUGGUGGAGCUAGCGAAGAAGCUCACCGGUCGUAGCGAGUAUACGAUGGCUUCGCUCUAUUCGCUGAUCGAUACGCUGCUGCCACAGGAACGGGAAGAUACCAUUCGCGAGCUGACCCGUAUCUGCGACCAGGAACUAACGGAUCUUCUGGGGGAUGAUGGCAUUCUGUUCUAUCACAGCUGCACGCACACUGCCCCGUAUCACUAUGCACCGUUUGUGAACGUGUACAAUUUUAGCUACUGGUGUCUGUUCAACGUGCUACAUCUUCCGGCGACCCAGGUCCCAUUGGGGCUCGAUACGGAUGGGUUGCCGCUCGGGAUUCAGGUGGUAGCUACUCGAAACCGUGAUCGGCACUGUUUGGCGGUAGCGGAAGAGAUCGAACGUGCGUUGAAUGGUCGCAUUCCACCCUUUCUGAUCGAUUAAUGUUGCUUGCUAAACGGGGAU